AUGGAAUCCAAAGAGACCGGCGCUUUGUCGCCUCAAGCUUCUUCGAGCGAAGCAAAUACCACCCUUCACGAUGAAACUCGCCACAAAGACCAAGAGGAAGCGUCGCUCGCCGACAGCCGAAUCUCAUCCAGUAGCGACGACUCCUCAACCCCAGGUCGUCGUCCCGGUCCAUCAAGAACAGCAAGUGGUGCAAGCUUUCAGAAUGAAGAUGACCUUUUUCGGGCAAUGUCUCGGCGCCGGACAACAGGGAGCUAUGCCUCCGGCACAGAAGGCCCCGAGGAAUCGGCAGAGAUAGAACGGCUCAUGUCACGCAUGUUUGGGCAUGCCAGGCAAGAAAAUAACCCCGAAGAACAACUGCGACAUAGCGGUGUCAUUUUUCGAGACCUUACUGUCAAAGGCGUCGGACUAGGCGCCAGUCUUCAACCAACAGUCGGCGAUAUCUUCCUGGGGCUUCCACGAAAGAUUAGGAACCUUUUCAGAGGCGGUCCAAAGGCUGCUCAGGCCAAGCCGCCUGUGAGAGAGCUGAUCAGCCAUUUUGACGGCUGCGUCCGACCUGGCGAACUUCUUCUUGUGCUGGGGCGUCCUGGAUCUGGAUGCUCGACUUUCCUCAAGGCAUUUUGUAACCAGCGUUAUGGCUUCGAAGCCGUGGAGGGAGACGUCACGUAUGGCGGAACAGACGCCAAGGAGAUAUCCAAGCACUUCCGCGGCGAGGUCAUUUACAAUCCUGAAGACGACUUACACUAUGCAACUCUGACGGUGAAGAGAACCCUGACCUUUGCUCUGCGGACACGCACACCGGGAAAAGAAGCGCGACUCGAGGGCGAAAGCCGUUCAUCGUACAUUAAAGAGUUCCUUCGUGUAGUGACGAAGCUCUUUUGGAUUGAACACACUCUUGGGACCAAGGUCGGCAACGAAUUUAUCCGUGGUGUCUCUGGUGGUGAGCGAAAGCGUGUCAGUAUCGCAGAGGCCAUGAUCACCCGUGCCUCAGUGCAAGGCUGGGACAACUCAAGUAAAGGCCUGGAUGCAAGCACCGCACUGGAGUAUGUUAGGGCCAUACGAGCAAUGACCAAUAUGGGAAGAAUCUCCACCGCUGUCUCAUUAUACCAGGCCGGAGAAUCGCUAUACGAGCUCGUGGACAAGGUGCUGCUCAUUGACGGUGGAAAGUGCCUUUACUUUGGCCCAUCGGAAAAAGCCAAGCAGUAUUUCCUGGACCUGGGCUUCGACUGUCCCGAGAGAUGGACAACGGCCGAUUUCUUGACAUCUGUCAGCGACAAGCACGAACGAAGUAUUCGGCCUGGCUGGGAGCAGCGCAUCCCGCGGUCACCCGAGGAGUUCUUCGACGCGUAUCGAAAGAGUGACAUAUACCGCGAGAAUGUGGCUGACAUAGAGGCCUUUGAAAAGGAACUUCGCACCCAAGUCGAAGAGCGGGAAGCAGCGCGGUCCAAGAAGACGGCGGAACACAACUACACCCUAUCCUUCCAUCAACAGGUCAUCGCCUGCACCAAGCGCCAGUUCCUCAUCAUGCUGGGAGACUCCGCAUCUCUCUUUGGUAAAUGGGGUGGUCUCUUGUUCCAGGGCCUCAUCGUGGGCAGCUUAUUCUACAAUCUACCUGCAACCGCGGCUGGGGCGUUUCCGAGAGGAGGAACGCUGUUCUUCCUGCUGCUGUUCAAUGCGUUGCUUGCAUUGGCUGAAAUGACAGCGGCGUUCACAUCAAAGCCCAUCAUGCUCAAACACAAGUCUUUUUCCUUCUAUCGACCAGCGGCAUACGCCAUUGCGCAGACUGUGGUCGACGUGCCGCUUGUCUUCGUACAGAUCGUACUAUUCAACACCAUCAUCUACUUUAUGGCCCAUCUUUCACGAACGGCAUCGCAGUACUUCAUUACCACUCUCAUCCUGUGGCUUGUCACUAUGGUGACAUAUGCCUUCUUCCGGUGCAUAGCGGCCUGGUGCCCGACUCUGGACGAGGCGACGCGGUUGACUGGCGUUGCAGUACAGAUUCUGAUUGUGUAUACGGGAUACUUGAUUCCUCCAUCCGAAAUGCACCCCUGGUUCUCUUGGUUGCGGUGGAUCAACUGGAUUUUCUACGGCUUUGAGUGCCUCAUGUCGAAUGAGUUCAACGGUCUGCAACUCCAGUGCGUAAGUCCGUAUCUGGUCCCUCAAGGACCGGGGACGUCGCCCCAGUUUCAGUCUUGCACCCUGGCAGGAAGCCAGCCAGGGCAGACGACCGUUGAUGGCGCAGCGUACAUUCAAGCUGCCUUUCAGUAUAGUCGAUCACAUUUGUGGCGCAACUUUGGGUUCCUCUGGGCCUUUUUCAUCUUCUUCGUUUUCUUGACGGCAGUCGGAAUGGAAAUCAUGAAGCCAAAUGCUGGUGGAGGAGCCAUCACCAUGUUCAAGAGAGGGCAAGUUCCGAAAGCUGUCGAGUCAUCCAUAGAGACCGGUGGCAGGGCUCGAGAUAAGAAGGAUGAGGAAUCCGGAGCUGUAGCUCACAUCACCCCAGCCAUGGUCGAAGAAAAGGCGCAAGACCAGAGCGACUCAAGCAGCGGUCCUGAGAUUGCCAAGAAUGAAACUGUCUUUACCUUUCGCAACAUCAACUACACCAUACCGUACGAAAAAGGCGAGAGGAAGCUGCUUCAAGACGUUCAGGGUUAUGUCAGGCCCGGAAAGCUCACGGCCCUCAUGGGUGCAUCAGGUGCGGGUAAGACGACGCUGCUCAACGCUUUAGCACAGCGUAUUCGUUUCGGGACGAUCAAUGGCGAAUUUCUUGUCGACGGCCGCCCUCUACCCAAAUCGUUUCAGCGGGCCACGGGAUUCGCAGAGCAAAUGGACAUACACGAACCGACUUCAACCGUGCGCGAAGCUCUGCAGUUUUCUGCCCUCUUGAGACAGCCGCAGGAGGUCCCCAGGGAAGAGAAGCUCGCGUACUGCGAAACCAUCAUUGAUCUCCUCGAGAUGAGGGACAUUGCUGGCGCCACUAUUGGCAAGAUUGGCCAGGGUCUCAACCAGGAGCAGCGAAAACGACUGACAAUUGGCGUUGAGCUGGCAUCUAAGCCCGAGCUGCUCAUGUUCCUCGACGAACCGACCUCUGGCCUCGACUCUGGCGCCGCCUUUAACAUUGUCCGCUUCCUGCGAAAGCUAGCUGAUGCUGGCCAGGCGGUUCUGUGCACCAUCCACCAGCCGUCAGCGGUCUUGUUCGAACACUUUGACGAGCUGCUUCUGCUCAAGUCUGGCGGAAGAGUCGUCUAUCACGGGCCCCUGGGCAAGGACAGCCAGCCCCUGAUCCAUUACUUCGAAUCCAACGGUGCGCACAAGUGUCCUCCCAACGCCAAUCCCGCCGAGUACAUGCUGGAAGCUAUCGGCGCAGGCGAUCCCAACUAUCACGGCCAGGACUGGGCCGACGUAUGGGCGUCGUCGCCAGAGCAUGAGCAGCGCUCCCAGGAGAUCCAGGACAUGAUUUCAGCCCGACAGCAGGUCGAGCCAUCCAGGAACCUCAAGGACGACCGCGAGUAUGCCGCUCCGUUGUCUGUUCAAACCAAAUUGGUCGUCAAGCGCGCCUUUGUCUCGUACUGGCGGUCCCCCAAUUACAUCGUGGGCAAGUUCAUGCUGCACAUCUUGACGGGUCUGUUCAACUGCUUCACAUUCUGGCGCCUCGGUUACUCGACCAUUGCGUAUCAGAGCCGUCUGUUCUCCAUCUUCAUGACGCUCACCAUCUCGCCGCCCCUGAUCCAGCAGCUGCAGCCCGUCUUUCUCAGCUCGCGCAACCUGUUCCAGUCCCGCGAGAACAGCGCCAAGAUCUACUCGUGGCUGGCCUGGGUCACGUCUGCUGUUGUUGUCGAGAUUCCCUACGGCAUCGUUGCUGGUGCAAUCUACUUCAAUUGCUGGUGGUGGGGAAUCUUUGGGACGCGAGUCUCUAGCUUCACGUCCGGCUUCUCCUUCAUACUUGUUCUACUGUUUGAGCUGUACUACAUCAGCUUUGGCCAGGCCAUUGCCUCCUUUGCUCCAAACGAGCUGCUGGCCAGUCUUCUAGUGCCCGUCUUCUUCCUCUUUGUCGUCAGUUUCUGCGGAGUUGUCGUGCCGCCCAACCAGCUUCCAACGUUCUGGAGAAGUUGGAUGUACUGGCUGUCACCGUUCCACUAUCUCCUCGAGGCUUUCCUCGGUGCCGCCAUUCACGACCAUCCUGUUCAUUGUAAGAGCAGUGAAUUCGCACGCUUCAGUGCUCCACCUGGCCAGACAUGUGAAAGCUAUGCCGCUUCAUAUAUUGGCCAAGCUGGCGGGUCCGUGCAAACGGCUUCAGACGGCUUGUGUGAAUUCUGCCAAUUCGCAACGGGCGACCAGUUCGGAAUGAGCUUCAGUGUCGAGUACAGCCAUAUUUGGAGGGAUUUUGGCAUCUUCUGCGGCUUUAUCUUGUUUAACUACGGCGUUGUGUAUCUGUCAACUUGGCUGAGGUUUUCAGCCAAGAACCCCUUCAGGAUUGUCAUGGCGAAAUUGGGCAGACACGGCCACCACGGGGCUGACUAG